AUGCUUCGUAUCAAAGAUCCUCGCAAGACAUUGCCAUUUUAUUGCAACAUUUUGGGCAUGCGCAACUGGGGCACAGAAAACGAUCCGGAUUUCAGUUACCAUAACGGAAAUAAAGAACCUCGUGGAUUCGGACAUAUCGGUAUAGCAGUGAAAGAUGUCUACGCAGCCUGUAAACGUUUCGAAGAAUUGGGUGUUCAAUUUGUGAAAAAGCCAGAUGAUGGUCGAAUGAAGGGACUUGCUUUUAUUCAGGAUCCAGACGGCUAUUGGAUUGAAAUUUUCAAUCCAGGCACUGUGUGA